AUGUCCACCGCCGAGUACUUCGUUAAUGUCCUCAACAAGUCUGAGGAGACACAAAACUACCUCUUCUUCAACCAAAAGCCUGACGAGUCGUCUUCCGUUGGGAAGAUAUAUACCAAUGUUUGGAUCAGAUCUCCUGGCGUUCCAUCUCCUAGGGGCAAAGCAGAGUUCGAUGUCAAGGUUGCUAAUUUUGCCAUUUGUGGAACAACGCCAGAGCCAGUUGACUACGGCGUUGUUGUCUCUACUAGCGACUAUGCCGCAGUCGAGCUGACAACCAGAAACAAGCCGGGCACAUCUCCACUUAUGGACAUUGUCGACGAUGGCCCUCAAUUCGUUGAGCCAUAUGGCACAACUAACAAGGAUAAUUCCUUCGGUAUCCAAACCAACCCAUUCAACCCAGACCAGUACAAGACGGUCUACUGUGGAUACGGAAAGUACAACGACAAGAAUCAAGUUGUUCCAGUCGCUGUUUGGCGAGCUAAGCCUUUCCAGAAGUACGACCUCACUCCCGUCAUCAAAUACUAUGUUAGUACUGGAAACUACAAACCCGGUACUACUGUCGAUAUUACUACCCUCGGCGCGGUCUCGGAAAUUGACUUCACCAAGGCCAAGCCAGGCCAGGUCAUCGCGACUGUUACCCACAACAGUGACGGGACUUACUCUGACCCAACGUUCAGUUACCCAGAGAAGGCUAGGCCCUACUCUGGAGCUUCGUAG